CCGCGGCGCCUGAGACCCAGCGGCGAAACGGAGCAGCCACCGCCCGCCCGCCCGCCUCCGCCUGCGGGGAGCCCACCCGCUCGCCGGCGCCCGGGAGCGCCACCGCCCGGCCCAGGCCCAGGCCCAGGCCCUGCGCAGAGCCGAGCGGCGUCUUCCCGGGCUGGGCUAGCCGGCGCGGCGGGGGCGGGCCCGGGAUCUCCGGCGGAUCUUCCAUUCUGCGAGCAAGAGCCGGAGGUCGGGCGCCCGGGAUCAGACUCGGCCUGCUCCCAUGGCGAGCGCGGCCCGUCGGGGCCCCGGGGAUCCUACCAUGUGAGACAGGACCAGGCUGAGGGCCGGGCCAUGGCCGGGGAGCGGCCCCCACUGCGGGGCCCUGAGCCGGGGCCCGGAGAGGCGCCGGGGGAAGGGGCCCCUGGGCCGGGGGGCGCCGGCGGAGGCCCGGGCCGGGGCCGCCCCUCCUCCUACCGGGCUCUCCGCAGCGCCGUGUCCAGCCUGGCGCGCGUGGACGAUUUCCACUGCGCCGAGAAGAUCGGGGCCGGCUUCUUCUCUGAGGUCUACAAGGUUCGGCACCGACAGUCAGGGCAAGUCAUGGUGCUGAAGAUGAACCGACUUCCCAGUAACCGGGGAAACACGCUACGGGAGGUGCAGCUGAUGAACCGGCUCCGGCACCCCAACAUCCUAAAGUUCAUGGGGGUCUGUGUGCACCAGGGGCAACUACACGCUCUCACAGAGUACAUGAAUGGGGGGACCCUGGAACAGCUGCUCAGCUCCCCUGAAACCCUAUCCUGGCCUGUCAGGCUCCGCCUGGCUCUGGACAUUGCCCGUGGCCUGCGGUACCUGCAUGCCAAAGGUGUAUUCCACCGAGACCUCACAUCCAAGAAUUGUCUGGUCCGUCGGGAAGACCAAGGCUUCACAGCUGUUGUAGGUGACUUUGGGCUGGCUGAAAAGAUUCCGGUGUAUAGGGAAGGGGCAAGGAAGGAGCCAUUGGCUGUGGUGGGUUCACCAUACUGGAUGGCUCCAGAGGUCUUGCGGGGCGAGCUAUAUGAUGAGAAGGCUGAUGUCUUUGCCUUUGGGAUCGUCCUCUGUGAGCUCAUUGCCCGAGUACCUGCGGACCCUGACUACCUACCCCGUACCGAGGACUUUGGACUGGAUGUGCCUGCUUUCCAAACCCUGGUAGGGGAUGACUGCCCACUGCCUUUCUUGCUCCUGGCCAUCCAUUGCUGCAGUAUGGAACCCAGCGCCCGUGCCCCCUUCACCGAAAUCACCCAGCACCUGGAAUGGAUCUUGGAGCAGCUGCCUGAGCCAGCCCCUCUCACCAGGGCUCCCCUGACACACAAUCAGGGGUCUGUUCCAAGAGGGGGUCCCUCUGCCACGCUUCCUAGGCCAGACCCCCGGCUCUCACGAAGCCGGUCAGACCUCUUCCUGCCCCCAUCACCAGGAUCACCCCCCAACUUGGGGGACAAUAUGACUCGAGUCAACCCCUUCUCACUACGGGAAGACCUCAGGGGUGGCAAGAUCAAGCUCCUGGACACACCCAGCAAGCCAGUCGCCCCCCUGCCCCUUGUACCACCAUCACCACUGUCCUCCACCCACCUGCCCUUGGUGACCACUCCGGAGACCCUGGUCCAGCCUGGGACACCUGCCCGCCGCUGCCGUUCCCUACCCUCAUCUCCUGAGCUCCCCCGACGUAUGGAGACAGCACUGCCAGGUCCUGGCCCUCCCCCUGUGGGCCCCUCGGCUGAAGAGAGCAUGGAAUGUGAGGGCAGCAGCCCUGAGCCAGAACCCCCAGGACCAGCCCCCCAGCUGCCCCUGGCUGUGGCCACAGACAACUUCAUCAGCACUUGUUCCUCGGCCUCCCAACCCUGGUCCCCCAGAUCAGGACCUCCCCUCAACAACAACCCCCCAGCUGUGGUAGUGCGCUCCCCACAGGGCUGGGCCGGGGAAGCCUGGAACCGGGCCCAGCAUAGCCUGCCCCGGGCAGCAGCCCUGGAGCGGACAGAACCCUCACCACCCCCUGCAGCCUCCCGGGAGCCCGAUGAGGGGCUGCCCUGUCCUGGCUGCUGCCUCGGCCCCUUCAGCUUUGGCUUCCUGUCCAUGUGCCCCCGCCCCACACCAGCUGUGGCCCGCUACCGCAACCUGAACUGUGAGGCGGGUAGUCUCCUCUGCCACCGAGGGCACCACGCCAAGCCACCCACGCCCAGCCUGCAGCUGCCUGGGGCACGCUCUUAGCAGUGGGGCCUGUGGUCUCAGGCCUCCAACUUUGGCCUUCAGGACACCCUGUGAGGACAGAGUGCAAAUGCUGGACAGUACCAGCCCUACAUGGGCUGACCGGCCCUUCUCCCCAUAUAGGGGAGCCUCAGCAUGGACUCAAGAGACAGAGCACUUCCUAUCCAACCCCUGGGCUCGCUCUCCCAUGGGGGUCGCUGAAUCAGACACGGCAUUGCUGACACACGAGACUAACACAUGCAAGUUAUUUAAAAGAAUUUCAAUAAAACUGCCUGGCUGGCUCCGGGCUGCCCUUAUCCACUCA